GGAAAAAGAAAAAAUGGUAAAUAUGCAUAUACGAUAAAAAGGGAUAAUCAUAAGGUUGAUGCUUAUCUAUCAGCUGAUAAUGUUAAUGAUGAGGAUGAAUUUUCGCAAUCAUUAUUUGGUAGACGAUCGGAGAAAUAUCACUGCACUGCUGAAACUCCUGGUAUUUCACAAUGUUAUGAUGCACAAGGACGUAGUGUAGGUAAAGUUGUAGCUGAUAAAUCAGGUAAUACAAUCAUUUAUAAUGAUAAGGAUGUACCUAUUGCAACAGGAAGUGUACAAAAAAUUAACGAUCAUUCUUAUCAGGCAGUAAUUAGCAAGAAUUUAUUUAUUGCAAAAUUGAAAGAUGCUCGAACAUCAACAUGUUGCCGUGAAAUUACCGGUAAAAAUUGCACAGAUCCAAUUAAAUUAGCAAAUCCAUCAUUUAGUCAUCCAUCGGAACGUGAUGGUGAUACGUUAAAAUUGACGUGGCCUGAUUGCGUUGAUAUGUCCAUUGAUGUAACAUUGCCACCAAGAGUUCAUAUUAAUCGUCUUGCAAUGAAACUUGACGUAAUGAUUCAACCAAUUGGAAAAUUACGUUGUAUGGAUGUUGCAACAUGUGGCCGUGAAUGUUAUUACUGUGAUUGGUGUAAAAAUACAAGGUUAUCAUAUAUUAUCAAGGUUAUCAAAAUACGUGAUUAA